AAAAUUCUUUAUUUUCUGGGCCUCGAUAGGAUUUGAUUGGUUUACUCUUGUUUGACUAUAAGUGGGCCUGGAAUCCGUCAUCCUCGUACAAGAAAAUGUGUAUUGAGUUAUAAAGCAUGGCUGGUUGUUGGGCCGACGCGUAUCAAUUUCAUUUUUUUUUAAUAUGUGUAUUAGUGUAUGGGCCAGGUUGAGGCUCUAAAUGUUGUUGAGGCCCUGUGCUGUGGGUCAGGCCAGCACAGGGUCUGGGCCGGGCCUGCCAACACUAGGCCUCUCGGCCUUCUCAUACCUCACUAUCGGCCAUUUCAUGAAUCUAUUAAACACCAUCGUUCUAGUUCACUCAGCAUCGACGAUUUAUGGGGAGAAGGAGACCGGAAUCUUGAAGGAAAUGUUGUUCAUUAAGCCAUUUCAGGAAGUGGGUUCAUUGAGGGGGCCAUACAUCACAUCAAUCUACAACUUAGCUAUGGUUUGGCUGACAUUGGCUGGAGUUGUAUCGUUCGUCGUCCAAAUGGUUUCUUUCCCAAUCAACGGAUUGCUUUCUCAGAUGGUUUUUGGGUUAGUUGCUAGUGCCUUGGUGGUGAAGUAUUUGGAGUGGAGCGCGAUCUGGAACGUGGGUUUGGUGGUGUCUAUCCUGGAAGAGAAGCACGGGUAUAUUGGGAUUGGGGUCGCAGGGUAUAUCAGCAGGGGAUGCAGAGGCAGGGGAUUUCUAUUAAUGGUUGUUUUCCAGGUUUGGAGGGUUUUCUUGAGGAUGGUAUUUGGGUACUAUGGUUAUCUGAACAAGGAAUCUGGAUCUAUGGUGGUUUUGAUUGCUGUAGGAGAAGGCGGGUUGGUUUGGUUUGGGGAAGUGGUGAAUUGGGUAGUUUGUACUGUUUACUACUACGACUGUAAAAGGAGGUUUCUGGAGAAGAAAGUUGAUUCGGAGAAGCAAGGGUGCACAAAUCUUGUGUAAGACGAGAAGAUUAUUUGAGAGAGACGAGGGAAAUCAGCAAAAGCAAAUGCAGUCUUUUAUUGCUUAAUAAUGUUGAACAUGGCUACACCCUAAUCAGUAGCUUAGCUUACACACAGCUUUACUCUCUCUAUAAUGUAUACGUCAUGAUGCGUUGUUUAGUCCGGUAAUUUGUUCUUGUUAAGCCCUUUCCAGUUUUUCCAUCUUUCACCGGAGUUUUGAGCCAAUUGCCUUGUUCACGAAUGAUGGCAAGCAGAAAGCUGCAGAAUGAAUCUGGAAGAGAUAGAAAAAGAACAUAUGUUAAAUUAAGGGUUAAUUCCAUGUUUGGUCACUGAAAUUACAAAAAGCGUUCAUGUUUGGUCACUAUAAAUAUUUAAAUCCACUUUUGGUCACUAACUUUACAAAAACUGUUCAUUUAUGGUCACUCUCCGUUAGCUGCCGUCCAAUGCCGUUAACGGCGUCCGUUAAGUGAUGACGUGGCUGACGGAUUUGCCUAAUCAACAUUUUUUAACCCCAAAAUUGACUGACCCGACCCGCCACGUCAUUUAAACCCGCCAUGUCAGCUAAACCUAACCAAACCUCUACCCAAACCUGACCAGACCCGCUAACUAAAACCAAACCAGAUCAGCACUUAUUAUGCACACUGCUCGGCGAAAACAAGCUCGUCGGAAACAUCCCAGAUCCGGUCGUCGGUACUUCGAAGCUCCGGGAUUUGAUUCUCGAAUACAACAAUCUCACCGGCGGCGUCCCUCCAUCGCUGGGUAAUAUUUCCUCUCUGGAAGUAAUCGCGGUAAACUUCAACAACCUCGGAGGAACGAUCCCCGAAACACUGGGCGGCCUCAAGAACCUGUAUUUCCUCUCAAUGGUUGAAAAAUGGAAAAAUCACCUAGUCCAUUGCUUGCUGAAGAGCUACCUGCUGCAUAUUAUCCCAAGUUCAUCUUGCCAAAGGCUGAGAAAUAAACAGUACUAUCAAUGGGUUAACGAAUCAUCCCAAGCAACUCCUCCUAAUUAGUUAAACAAAAAAAAUCAAAUUUG